AUGUACAUCGACUUACCGCUCAACUCCACGUCGACAAUCAUUUGCAUCCUAUGCUAUUCCUGGAUCGUACGCUGGAUCUACCGUCUCAGCGCCCAGACGGAGACAGCAGCAGGGUGCGAUAAAAGCCGCAAGAGAAAGAAUAUGGAAAUCAAGUACGCCAAACAAUUCUUCCUGAUCUCGAUCUUCUACCUAAAUGCUUGGACGAGUUUCCGCUACUUGCCGCCGAUCUUCGGCAAUCAACACCUAUGGCUGUACUCGUUCUGCUCGUUGAACGUUCUGCUCAACUACGGGGCUAAUGGCCUGGUGUAUUUCCAUACCAAUCAGGAGAUCCAAUCUAUGCUGCGUCGCGGCUCAACCGGCACUUCCGAUUAUCACUCCUCGACGAAGGGCCCGAGAAUCUACACCACCACCGAUCAACAGUCGAAAUCUGUGCAUGAU